AUGGAUCGAUCCUCUGGCAAGCUGGUAGACCUCACUCUCGUAUCGAAAUACUACCCCGUGGCCAAUUACUCAUAUCCUCGAAAGGAUUCUACAUCUCCCACUUCCCCAACCUUCCCCGUCAGCUCACGAUACUCAUCGAAUAGCUCUUCCCGCGGAAGGGAGUCACUGGGCUCGGAGGGCUCCGCGCCGGGGCUGAUAGAGGACCGAACUGAUUCUGAGGUUUCGGUGGAUGAUGACUACCAGUAUCAUGCUCAUACCGCCGAGUUGUGGGAUAGCUUUUGGCCGCACCGCGAGAGCACCAAGAACAACUUCGAUUCGUUCCCUGCCCCAAACAAGCAGUACCCGGCAUUGUUACCUUCUCCCCGCGUGAAGAAGCAGUAUACAUGUCUUGGUGAACGGAUACCAUCAUCAUGGCCUUUGGUAACCGGCUCAGCGGCGCCGUCUCGUACACAAACAAGGAAAGCAGCCGCCACAUAUUCGCCGUUUCCAAAGCUGCCGUCUCCGCCUCCAACCAAAAACCUGCCACCCAUUCCUGUACCAAAGGACAAGAAACCUUCAAGGCCGUCGACUUCAGGCGGCCGUACACCAGUGAGACCACCUCGACCCGCGGAGGCUCUCUUGGCCCCUUGUAUGCAACACAUUGCCUUUGUACCCGUCAGUAGCGCGGUGGCCGCCUACAUCAUCCAGGACCCAAGUCCAGUCUCGCCCACCGACUGUCGCAGGCCGAGAACGUCUUGCGGUCAACGUCCCAGAAAUGCCGCGGACGAGGCAUCUCUCAAUCGUCGUUCUCACUGCACUAUCUACUCCGUCAUUUCCCACUCAGCAACCCACCUACCUGUCCCAGAAAUCCGGCCCUCCCCGCCCCGUGCCCCUAGACACUUCAAGUCCCUCGCGGCGUUGCCUCGUGUCCAAACCGAGCAGCUCGCGCAGGAGCCUCACUCUGUUUUCGAAGAUGACUCUGACUGUGAGGACGGACACUCGCGCAAGUUUUUCAGCUUCCACAAGCGCUCCGAGAGCACUUACAAGCGGAGAAGGAACCGGUCAAACACAACGCCAACGGCUCAGCAAAAAUGCGCCGAGAAAAGUGACACCCCCUUUCUCUCAUCUACAUCUACGCACCAAAAGCGCCACGGACAUGAUGUGUUUGGACGUCUUCUCGGGCGGAGAAGUCGGUAA